GCUGAUGAGCUGGAGUACACGUUCAAAAGGCUGGUUGAUGGACUCGCCCACACCCGGGAGACCGCAAGACCCGGGUUCAGCCUGGCUCUGGGACAGGUCUUGAGUGCCUUUAAAGACGUSUCCCUGCAGAGCAUCCUCGACAGAAUUAGAGACAGACACAACCUUCAGGCUGUGAAAAAGAAACUUGGCAGAAAUGCGAUGUUUGGAAACUUGUUCGGUGUCCUCGCCAUUCAUCAGUCGGGACGCCUCGUCCAAGAGCCAAAGGUGGUUCUGGGAUGCGUGCAGCUCCUCCAGAGUCUGAGCCAGCACAAGCAGCACCUGAAGGACCUUCCCAGUAAGACCAUGAUGGACAUCCUCACCGAGAUCCCAGAGGAGGUGUUUGAGGAGGUCCUGCUGGGGGCUCUGCAGGCGGACCUGAAGUCAGCCUUUAGCGCUCCAGAGUCGCUGCAGCUCCUGUUGGUGGCGCUGCAACGCUUCCCGCAGGCUCUCAAACCCAAGAAACUGAAGAAGCUGCUGGGUUCUGCCACCAUCAUCACUUCUGACAACAUCCCCAAGUUAAUCGAGGUGAUGAAGAUGGCGGCUCGCUCCGUGAAGAAGGACCUGACUCUGCCCGCUGUAGCUCUGGACCUCCUGAAGCUCUCUCUGAAGGAGGACAGCUUCCAGCUCUUCUGGAACAAAGCCAUCACAGAGGGGAUGUUCCAGGAGCAGUCAGGACCGACUCACUACCUGGGCUUCCGUCUGCUGGGGAGCGCUCUGCCUCUGCUAUCAGUAUCUCAGCUGAAGGAGGUUUUAUCAGGCGAGGUGAUGAUGCAUUAUGGUGAACAUGUGGUUUCAGCUCAGAAACCGGAUCGCUUUAAGCUGGCGCCAGAGAUGGACACCUAUGUGUCGGACUUCCUGCAGACCUGUCAGGACUCUGACAAACAGCUGGCGGUCAUGGUGGGCUUCUCCUCCCUGAGCCACCAUGGUUACCCGGUGGUGCCUUCGGUGUGGAAGGUGGUGCAGCACCUUCAGCCUGCAGCCCUGCAGAGCUACGUGGACUGGCUCAAAAACAUGUUUCUGCAGCCGCAGGUGGACCAGCUGCUGGACUUCAGCUCCCGCAAGCAGAAGGACAAGUAUCCUGAGGAGAAGCCGAAGGAGAGUCCAGUUUUCCGCCUGAGGAAGUGGAUUGUCACUCGACUCGCCUCCAUCAUCGACAACCUUCAGGUGAAGAAGAAGGAGGAUCUGGUCAUGGAUGUGGCCAGGUUUGUCUUUUUCCACGCUUUUUUCAGCACCAAGAAGGCCUCUUCAGACAUCGCAGAGACAAAUUUAAAACUGUCCAUCCCUCUGGACGAGAAAAUGAGAGGCGUUCUCGUCAAUUCUUUCUUUGGACUCCUCAUGUCCAUGCACCACAUGCCGCUCAGCGACGACGGCGCCGCUGUCAAUCAGAAGCGAAUCCUGGGCGUCACGGCUGAUGGCACCAUGUGGAUCUACCACCUGGUCCAGUACGCACAGCUCCUGCUAAACCAUCCAAAACACGUCCAGAGCGUCCAUCCGUGGAGCCCCGAGCAGAGACAGGCUUGGGACAGCAUGCUGGAGUCGGUGGCAAACCUGAAGAAAAAAGCAAAGAAAGGUGCGACAGACGAGAGCGGCGCGUUCCAGCAGCUCUUCCUGCUGGUCGGGAUGCAUUUAUUUAAGGCCCCUGACGAGCUGCUGGACAUCAUGAGAGACCUGCAGAGCUGUCUGGACAAAGCCCAGGAGAAACAAGCCCAGAAGAAGAAGAAAAUACAAGCCUCGGAGCAGCAGGAGGGGGAGCCGGAGUGGGUGGAGGUGAUGGUGGACAUCUUGUUGUCCCUCCUGUCCCAGCAGAGUCGGCACAUCAGACAGGUCUGCAAGGCAGUCUUCUCCUCCAUCUGCCCCCACGUCAAUGCCGCCGCCCUCACCGCCAUCUUAGACGUCUUAGACCCUGAUCAGGAGAACGAGGAGGACGCGGCUAUAGUUGUCACUGAUGACGCAGGUAAAAGGGCAAAGAAGGAGCAGAAGCAUGACGACGAUGAAGACCAGGAUGAGGAGAUGGAGGAGGACGAGUCAGACGAGUCAGAUGAGGAUGAAGCGAUGGAAGAGGACGACGAUAAAGAAGAUCAAGAAGUGGAUGAAAACUUCCGCUUGGAGUUGAUGAAGGUCCUUCAGAAGCAAAAUGCUCUGGCCACUGAGGAAGACGCCAGCAGUGAUGAAGAUCUAGACGAUGAAGCCAUGAUGAAGCUGGACAAGAGUCUGUCGACGCUCUUCUCGGAGCAGAAGAUGAGGAUCCAAGCCAAGAAGGACGAGAAGGCGAAGCUGCAGAAGGAGCGGAUGCUGGUCCGGGACUUCAGGAUCAAGGUGUUGGACCUGCUCGAGGUGUUCUUGGCCCGGCAGGCUGGCAGUCCUCUGAUCCUGGGUUUGGUGGAGCCUCUGCUGAACAUCAUCGACAGAGGAAUGAGGUCCGGCAGCGAGCAGCAGGAACAAGACUUCCUCCGGAAAGCUGCGGACAUCUUCAAGAACCAGCUGUGUAGGUCUAAAGUUUACUGCAGGACGGCUGCCGACCGACAGGGGGAGCUGCAUGACCUGCUGGACAAAGUGAUGAGGAAAGCCCAGAAGCUGAACGACUCCUCCGUGUGUCUUUACUACUUCAGCGCGUCUCUUUACAUAGUGAAAGUGCUGCGAGGAGCUCUGCCUGCUGACACCAAAGAGGCUCGGACAGCUGAUGAAGCAGCAGCGAGCAACCUGAGGUUUAUGGAUAAUGUGGACGUAGACCGGGUCUCCGGACUCUUCAGGGACGCUCUGCUCUCCUUCCUGAGUCGGAGGAAAAGCCCUCUGACCACUCAGAUGUUCACCGACCUGUUCACCAGGUUCCCUGUUUUAUGUGUGAACCUUUUGGACACGGCUGUGCAGCACAUCACGUCUGGAGUUCGAGAACAUCAACAGAGUCUGGGGCAGGUCGGUCAGGUGGAGAGCAAAGUGGCCAAAGAGAAGGUGGUGAAAACGCUGGAGCUUUGUCAGUUUCUGGUGAAAACCGUUCGGCAGCAGAAGCUGUCUGUGAACCUGGACCCCCUCCAAGACGUCCUGCAGUCCUUGACCGAUGCAGUCAAGUUCAAAAAGACCGGAAAACUGGAGGACACCUACUGGGCCGUGGUGAAACACUUUGGAGUGAUGAAGCCAAAAGCUGAUAAGACGAAGCCAGACAAGGAGGCCGAGCCGGACGCGGCGCCCAAKAAGAAGAAAGGUUUUCUCCCAGAAACAAAGAAGCGUAAAAGAGUGAAUAAACCCGUUCUGGAGCCAGCCUCCAAAAGCCAGCCUGGAGAGGAGAAGAGCCAGGCCAAAAAGAAACAGGACAAAAAACAGAAACGAUCUGCCGACAGCGCCGCUUCACAGCCCGGCCCGGCCAAAAAGAGCAAAACGCAGGACGACAGUAAACCAGGCAAGAAGAAGAAACCCAAGCAGAAGAAAGGAAAGAAAUAAGGAUUAUUUAACUGGAUUCAAUGAAAGGUUCCUUCUCAACAGUUUGUUUUUGUCUGUAAUUUUUAUACUGCCGGGUGGUCUGUGACAGCGUCAACAUGAAAAAACAUUAAAAAUGUCCAAAUCUUUAAU